CUUUGAAUAGAUUUCGGACUUCUUUUCCGAUUUUCCUGUCUAGUUCUAUGUCAUCGUCUGCGGAUUUCAAGGUUCUCAACAAGCUAGACAAAUAAUCACCCAUAUUAAGAAACUUGCUUCUAUCUUCUACUUCAUUUACGACAAUUCAAUGUAAAGGUUUUGGUGGCUGUGUUUUACAAGCAGAAUUCGAUUUCUAAGAAAUUAAACACAUGCUAUUCUAGGAAAUGUUAUGGAUGGCCUCAUUCAGGAAUUAAUUACAUAAACAUGCGCAAUAGUUGCCCCUAGUUCUUGGAACUACUGGUUGGCAGCGUGUAGCCUUUGUUGGUUGUUCCGUGUAGAUUUGUUGUUUCUUUUUUUCCGUAGAAGUAAAUUGUAUUUUUAACCAUAAUAAGCAGCAUUAUGGAUGAAACAACAUUAUACACUCCUGUAAAACCUCGACAGCCUCCAUCGCCUAGUACUAUAGUGUUUCUUGUUGUGUUACUGCUGUUGGUUAUCCUCUGGCGUUACUGGCGUUACUUAUAUCCCUUUCUGGAUUAUGUUUUUACCAGACUUAUACGAGCAACAAGACUACGAGUUAUUUUGGUCAAGAGAUGUGACCAAUCAAGUACAUAUGAAAUCGAGAAUCAUAUUAAAAGCAGACUUAAGUCACGCGUGCGGUUCUUGGAGAAACCCUGGGACCGAGGUCUAGAUAAUGGAGAGCGACCUGUCAUUGUGUUUUGUGUCAUAUCUUCACGAAUUGGCACAGACAUCGAGAGCGCCAUGAGAGGAGUGCAUGGUAACAGUCGUGUCAUACUGGUGUUGCUGCACUGUAUUAUCAGCAGUUUUCUAAGAAGCGAUCUGUCUGAUGACGAAGAACUUCUGGAUGCCACAAUGAAAAACAGAAUGACAGGCAUCGCUCACUUUGCAUUCUCUGAGCGUGAGGGAGUGUACGACUGCAAACAGAACAGAGAUGGGCUCCAGAAGUUGGUUAAUCUUAUCAACUUUUUGAAUUGAAAGGCGUGAUCAUAGCGUAAAAUAUAGAAACAUCUCUUAGAAUUCUCUCGGAAGCGAGAAAAACAAGAAAAUAUAAAAGAAAUGUUACAAAUUUCAUUGAGAAAAAGUGUAAUUUCUCUAGUAUUUUCAUGAAGAUCUUGCAUCCAAGAUAAUUUUGAAAGAGGUGUCAGGCAACCUUCCUAGAACUGGCUUUGAUAGUUUAUAAGUAUCCAACUAGAAAAUAAUGUUCAUCUUAUAAUAUAAUAUAAUGUGUCGGGAUCGUCCUAUGGAAAACAAAUUGAAGGCCAGAAUACAUAUGCACAGCAACCUUAUACACCAUGCACCCAUCUUUUUAUAUCCGCCAGCUUUUAGGAUGAUUAUACUAUAUAGUGGCGAUAAGGUAAGGUAAUCGUUUUGCAUAUAACUAAAUAGUUCGUAGUUAGUAUCUAAGGCUAUUUUCAAUAUUAAAACAGUUAUGAAACGAAGUAAGUUUGGAAUAUCUAGGUGAUAAGUAUUUUAUAUACCGGGGCCAGGUCGGUAGUUGCGUAUUUAAGCAAGAAAAUUCUAGCUCGGUUGCGACCUCAUUUGCUAAGUUACGCAGAACUAGUCGGUGAUAAAAGGGUUUUUUGAUCCCACUCAUGCAGCCAGAAUUAUUUAACAGCUCAGUACACCUGCUUAAUCACAGCCUCGGCAAGAAUCGUGUCAAUUGUUAAGGUUAAUGGCUGUUUUAGUGGUGGUGAAAAUGAUCAGUACUAUUGAUGAACAGAACGAAUAAAAAAUUCUUUGGAAAACUGAAAACAAGUAAAAAGAUAGUGGUGACAAUAUACAAUAAUGUGGGAGUUUUGUAAAAUUAAUAUUGUAGUAAAAUAAUAUUUAUAAAUAUUGAUCUUUCAGUUUCAUAGGAUAAAGACAAAUAAAGAAGAACAGAAUGUUCAGUUAUAAAUCAUACUCA